AUGGCCUCGACUGUUGAUCUAGGGCGCUCUCUGCGUCAACGUGAUGAUGAUCAGGAUGGUGAUUUGGCUUCACUGGCGGGCCAUAAGAGGUUGAGGCGCAACACAGUACAAUAUGCCCACUUCCAAGAAGGGGCCAUUGUCAGUAUCCGACUGACGAACUUUGUUACAUAUUCGCUGGCGGAGUUCCACAUGUCUCCCUCGCUGAAUAUGAUUAUAGGGCCCAAUGGAUCGGGUAAGUCAACGUUCGUAUGUGCUAUCUGUCUAGGCUUGGCGGGGAAACCCGAAUACAUCGGCCGCGCGAAGCGGGUCGAAGACUUCAUCAAGAACGGGACAGCGGAAAGCACGAUUGAGAUACAGCUACGCAAUAGCAGGAACGUGAGUGGGUUGCCGAUGAUCAGUGCGGAGGACGAGGCGAUUAAUGUGCGGACGGUUCUAAUGAAAGCUCGGCGCAAAUGCGCGUACUACAUUAAUGGGGAGCCUGUCAGUGAGAAUCAGAUGCGUGCUCUUGUUUCGAUGCUUAAUAUACAGCUGGAUAACUUAUGCCAAUUUUUGUCACAGGAGCGUGUGGAGGAAUUUGCCAGACUCAAGGCGGACAAGCUCCUGGAGCAGACAGUGCGCUCCGUAGAUGCUUCGUUGCUGGGCCUUUUGGAGCAGUUAAAGACCAGCCAGCAGGAGGAGCUUAGCCUGAACCGCGAAGUUGAAUUGGGGCAGAAGAAGCUGGAAAAGCUGAUGACACAUAAGGAAUCGCUCGAGAACCAGGUCCGUGCGCUGGAAGAGUACGAGCGGAAAAAGGAGGAGAUAGAUAUUCACAAGCGGCUUCUACCAUACGUAAGAGUGAAGAACCACAAGAGGCAGCUUAAGGACCUUAAAUCCGAAUACGAGCGUGUGAAACAAGAAUUAAAGGAAUUUUUAAAGGACAAGAAACCGUUCAAGAUAGCCAGUAAUGCGCUAUUGUCGGAGGUAGAAAAUUCGCAGCGCCAGAAGCAAGGCAAGGAGAGCGAAUAUAUUCAGGUCAAGAGUACUCAGCGCUCACUUAUUGAAGAGCUAGGGAAACAGCGUACAGAAGUCGAAGAUCUAAAAAAGAAAGUGACAUAUUAUAGGACGCGGCGCGAAAACAUACGCCGCAAGGUGGAAAAGGCAGAGCAGGACAUUGCGUCAAGACAACAACUGUUGGGAUCGCUGGUGCUGCCGACGCAAGAGGAGAUGGACAAUUAUGAGCAGCAGCGUGUGGACCUUUAUGAACAGGAAUCUGCAUUUGAGCAGAAGGUGGAAGAAAUGGAUUCCAAAGUCAGAGCCUUGAAUAGAGAACUAACCACCAUUAAAUCCAAGCUUGAGCGUCGAAAGAAAGAACUGGCUUCUAAUGACAGUCUAAACGCACUUCGUGGACAGACUGGGCGACUGGAAGAAGUGAAGAAAGCGUGUGAAUUUGUACGUAUACACCCAGAGAUGAAGGGCAAAGUACUGGAACCACCUAUAGUUGCUAUAAAGGCUCCUAAUGAGCGAAUUGCAUCUUACCUUACAACUUGUAUCGAUUGGCAUACCUCCAUUUCUUUGACUAUGGUUGAUUCUGCAUCUUACAGAGAGUUUAACGACACGAUCCUCAAAAACUUCCAAGUUAAUCUGAGAGAGCUCGCGAACACUGAAACUUCUUAUCCAUACCCGUUAGAAUAUAUCAGACAGCUUGGCUUUGAUUGUUACCUAAGUGAUUUUGUUACCGGUGAUCCGGCCGUUCUACAGAUGCUAAAAGAACAACAAAGAAUACAUACGAUACCUGUUUCAACAAGGAAUCUGGAUACCAGGAUUAUAGACGAUCUACGGACACCUGAUAAGCAAGGCCGGCUAAAAUUCAGAAGGGUUAUAGCAGGCGACUAUGUAUAUGAUUUCAAGCGGUCGCGGUAUGGAAAUAAGCAAAUAUUCUCCACCGAUGUUCAGGUCAAGAAAGCUCAAUUUUACAUUGAAGGAGGCAUGUCGGAUGGUAUGAAACAAAAUAUUGAACGCGAACUGCACGAACUUAGAGAGAGAUACCGGAACAUUCAAAAGGAAGUAGAGUCUACCGCUCAGCAAAAAAAGCAGUUCCAUAUUCCGUUAGCAGAGGUCCAGAGGAAGUUGCAGGACCUCCAAAAGGCAAUACAUGAGCAGAAUCACAAACGUAUCAUACAGUCCAGGACGAUGAGCGAAAUUCAGAAUAUAGAACAAAAAUUGGAGGAGUUCCGGAGAGAUAUGAAUAAGGAUGUCUCAGAAGCCAUCUCUAACUGUGAAGCCCAAAUCCAAUCCAAUUUAAUAUCGCAGGGAGAACAACUGCGGCUAAUCGUGAUGAAUCUUUCCCGUCUUCAAGAGGCCCAAGAGUCCGUCGUCCGGAUGGGCAUAAAGCACAUAGAACUGAGAAACAGGGAACGCUCAUUAAAUGAGGUCAUCGGCUUCUUUAAUGCUAAAGAAGAAGAGCUCAGAGGAAAGUACGACGAAGCAAAAAAGGCAUACGCAGAGGUUAAGGAUACGGCGGAAUUCCAAGCUUGGAUGAAAGAAAUACGGUCGUAUACAGACACCGAACGAGAUGAGCUAUCCGUAUGGGCCAAUAAGUACGAGGAACAGAACACUUUUACCCUCGAAAAUAUACUGGAAACUAUCGCAAAACUAGAGACAGAGAUACAGAUGAUAAAUCACGACGAGUCGUCCGUUACUAUUCUGCGGCAGACAGUCACUGACAUAAAAGGCCUCCAAGCAAAGCUCCCUACGCAAAUGGAGAGGCUCGGGCUGCUAAGACGCGGGAUGCUUGAUAUGCGAAAUAAUCUGGAGCCCCGUCUUGACGAGCUAGUCGAGAACAUCUCCCAACGCUUCCGGAAGCUAUUUUCGAACGUUGGUAGCGCAGGAGAGAUCUGUCUUCUAAAGCCAGAUCUUUAUUCCGAGUGGAAGAUCGAGAUCCGUGUCAAGUUUAGGGAUGUUGCAGAGCUCAAGAAGCUUGAUUCCCAUACCCAGUCAGGUGGAGAAAGGGCUGUAUCAACUGUCCUUUACAUGAUAGCUCUGCAACAUUUCACAAACGCCCCUUUCAGGGUAGUAGAUGAAAUUAAUCAAGGGAUGGACACAAGAAAUGAACGUAUUGUUCAUAAAGCGAUGGUGGAAAACGCAUGUGCCGAGAACACCUCGCAGUACUUUCUCAUAACGCCUAAGUUACUUACAAACCUCCACUACCAUGAAAGAAUGAGAAUACACUGCGUCUUCGCUGGCUCUUGGAUUCCUGAUCCUGCUGAAAGGGAGGAAAUGGUUCAUUACGGCGAACUAACCAGUUAUAAGUUAUAA